CCCGAUGUCGCAGUUCUAAGGGACCAGCUGAAUGUUUAUCAAUCUGAUAAGAUCUUGCUGCGUCGAAACCCCCUGUUAAUUAAAUCUUACACUAAACACCACCUAAUAUCGAGGAACGAUGUCCACCAACCAAGUUGAUAGGAACAGGCUUCUCGACAUCUUCAGGGAAAGCCUGAGGACAUCGCGUCUUCCUCCCAGUCUAGAUGAAGUUUCUGUUUUCUUUAACGACAAUACCCCUCCCGUAAGAGAGAUUCCGAACGAUCCCGAAAGGCUCGAGUAUUUACGAGACCUAAUUGCCUACAUCCUCAACGGUCGCACUAUCGUUUAUACCUACAACAUUGUUUUGUUAGUAGUGCUUUUGAUAUUUACUUUACUUCACAUAAACGAGAGGAUACGAGAGAAGUCGAAAUGGCGAACACUCGAGCAAGGCUCCACCAGAAAGACGGCCGACGAUACCGAGGCUGCAAACGAGACCGAAUCGUCUUCCAGUAGUACUCUAGAGGGCUCGUUGUCUUCCCAAAUUACACUGAAAGCUGUCGAAAACGACGUCGAGAGGCAACCUCUCCUUGGAUCUAGACGGCGCCAGCCUCUAUCGGUAGGAUCGGGAAAUCGCGUCGUUAAGCGUUUGCAGUCCUUGUUGAUGUAUCAACCCCGGCCGAUCCCAUUGAUUAAUCGGACAUUGCCGUCAAAUGGGACGUCUCUUUUCAUUUUGGCAUUUCUGGGUCUUAAUGUUUUCUACCACUUUUAUCAGGUCCCCUUAGCUCCAGAGUACUUUUUUGCUUUCGCUGAUCGAGCUGGUAUAAUAUUCAUCGUCAAUUUACCUCUUCUCUACCUCCUCGCCGCGAAAAACCAACCGCUUAGGCUCCUUACAGGCCAUUCUUAUGAAGCCCUCAACAUUUACCAUCGCCGUGUUGGCGAGCUGAUGUGCUUCGAAGCAGCAGUGCACUUCUUUGGAAUGCUUCUUUGGCGGCUUGUUCUUGAGCCUCCUUGGCUGAUGAGUGGCAGCUUUUACGCCUAUAUUACUCACCCUUUGUGCCUCUGGGGUAUUGGCGCGUGGGUGUCGUAUGAGUUGCUCUACUUUACUUCUCUCGGAAGUUUUCGGCAAAGGUGGUAUGAGCUCUUCCUGGCCUCGCACGUAGUCUUACAAGUCGCGGCUCUCGCAUUUUUAUAUAUGCAUUUCUUCACGAGUCGGCCGUAUGUACUCGCAUCGCUGGCUAUUUUCCUCCUUGACAGACUUGUUUGGCGUUUGUGGAUGAAGUCUGCAAAUUUUAUAGCAGACGUUACGGUAUUGGAGGAUGACCAGACGUUCCUCCUCUCAGUAGACUGGGACAUGCCUACAUCUAAAGCACGAGGAUGGCUUAGUUCCUUGGGACAAAGCAUCCGACAUGGUUGGCGCCCAGCUGAUCAUGUGUUUAUCUCAGUCCCCGUACUCGGCCGUAGCCAUUCUCUCCAGGCUCACCCAUUUACAAUCGCGUCCGCUGCGCCCGCAAUGGACCCCACAGACUCGCCCAAUCAUGCUUGGUUAAGUCUGUUGAUCAGAGUACAGUCCGGCUUCACUUCUGACCUCCUAAACCAUGCACGUUUAAAUUCGAGAGUCGCUGUUCGUCUGGAUGGGCCAUAUGGGUCUCAGGAUCCCCUCAAUAUGUUGAGAUCAUGCGGGAAUGCUGUCCUCGUCGCUGGCGGAUCCGGAAUUGCGGUAGUCUUCCCUAUGGCAUGGGAUUUAGUAACAAGCCAUUGCGGGAAGAGACAGGUCCAUUUAAUCUGGGUAAUACACUCCCGAGCCCAACGUUCCUGGGUACCGGAGGAGAGAAUCGCCGAGUUACAGAAGCUUGGAGUUCAUGUAACUAUUCCCGAGCCGACAGUUGAAGCAGGCAGGCCGGACAUCCCUGGCUACGUUGCCGACCUAACCGCCGCCUCGGAGGGUACGGUUGGAUUUGUAGUCUCUGGACCAGAUGGUCUGAAUAGGACUACACGGAAUGCUUGUGCCGAUGCCGUCAGAUCAGGGGCUGAUAUUCAACUUCGAGUAGAGAAGUUUGGCUGGUAAGGAGUGGGGUUAAGCAUUUGAUUUUC